GUUUUCAAUAUUUUGUUUUUGUUGCUUUACAGAAUCGAAAAGUCUUGGUUGUCGUAUUUUUACGCUCUGCCGCGGUUCAGUGAAAUUGUUAAUUUUCCUGAGGAAAAAUCAAAAUAAAAAAUUAUUUAAAGUGCAUUUGCAAGGUGGAAGAUAUUGAGGAAUUUAAAUAAAAAGUCAUUGCCUAAUUUAUUAUCCUUAUGGGAAUUAUUUAUUAUCUGCAAAGAAAAAAAAAAUUAAUUAUAUACCACCCCAGUGAAAAUUUGUGAAAACACAACCAUACCAACGGGCCAAGUAUAACUUGUGAAAACCAUUAGAAGUGUUCUAAAGUUAAAUUUGAAUAUAACACAAAAAAAUAUCUAAUAGAAAAAGUGCGUAAAAUAAACCAGUUUAUAUUUAUACAAAACCAUUGAAUUUUCACUUCAAACAUAUUAUAACUGGAUACCUGCUGUAAAUUCGUCAAAACGCCGCCAACAGCGCCAGCCUCACCACCCGCGGAGCAUACGUGCGUGAUGCGUGACCUCGGCACCAAAAUGGCCGAGCUGAAAUUCGAAGCUCCAUUAGCUAAAUUUGAGGAGACCGACGAAUGGGGCGGUUGUGACUUCAUAACCAAUCAAAAUACCAUUAAUGAUACAUUAAACUUGAAUAUUAAAGAUCCAGCUAUGAAGCAGGAAGCCAAAAUUCGCCUACUCGAGGAAGCUGUACGGGAUGCCAACGUUAGCAAGAAUGGUGCACUCAUGAUGAAUGGCACAACAAAUGCUGUUGAUAAGAUUAAUGGCGGCGCAAUAAGUCCCAAUUGUAAUUCAAUGCUCGCUGGCGAGCUUGGCUUGGAUGUUGGUUUAGCGCCAGGCGAUGAUGGCUGCGAUAAGCGAUCCACUUCCGGCGAUACGGUGGAUAAUUUUUCCGAGACUUUCGGUGGCAGUUUGGAAGAUUUGGUGAAUACAUUUGACGAAAAGAUAACCAAAUGUUUUGGUAAUUUCGAAGAGAACGUUGAGGAUCUGGCACCGGUACAAGUGCGCAGCCAGGAGGAGAUCAUGAACGAAUGCCAAAUGUGGUGGACCAUAACCGGCAACUUUGGCAACAUACUGCCAAUCGAUUGGUCCAAGUCAUUUACACGCCAAAUGCAUAUGCCCACAUUGAACUUGGGCCAAAAUAAGCUUGGUGGCGGCAGUGCAGGCAAUUCGCUUGACGUCACCACCCCCGGUGAUGAGCUGACUAGCGAGGAUGAGGCCGUUGCCAAUGAUCUCGACAUGCAUGCACUAAUAUUGAAUGGUUUAAAUGCCGAGCAGGAGGAACCCAUUAAAUCGGUUGAGGAGGUAAUCAAGGAGAUUGAUGAUAUUAUGGAUGAGGCUGAGAGUCCAUUGGACGAAGCAGAAACAUGCGAAUCGGAGGUGAUAGAGAAGGCUAGGGAGGUAUUGGGCGCACCAUUAUAUGCUGAAAAACUGCAAUAUUUAUCGAUAUCACAAUUGAAUGAGCUCUACAUGGAAAUGGAAAUGCUCAUACAAGAACUUAGCGAGACUCUUAUCAAUGAGUUGGCGUUGCGCGAUGAGCUCGAAUAUGAGAAAGAGUUGAAGAACUCGUUCAUUUCUCUCCUAUUGGCGGUGCAGAACAAACGUCGACAAUAUCAUGUGGAGAAAAAGCGUGGAAAGUUGCAAGGACCGGAACCCAAGUAUCUGACCACUGUCAUACCAUAUCACAUGGAGAAUGGCACACCAAACAACCAGUCCUUGCAAGUGCUAAUAAAAAUUUUAAAAGCCAUCAAUGAGGAUAGCCCAACGGUUCCCGCGUUGCUCACAGACUACAUAUUAAAAGUACUCUGCCCCACAUAAAUACCUGCAAACAUACACGUGCAGCCAGUAGAUGAGGAUGAUGAGGAAUUUUGUUAGAUGUUUUAGUACGUAAUUGCGAUGAAUAACAUUUAGAACAAAAGAUUAAAAAUACAAAAUAUAAAAAAACACACAAUAACUCAUACAUUUUGAGUGAAAAGAGAAGCUAAUUUAAAUGAACAAUUUAAGUUAAAACAAGUAUAAAAAUUAUAAAUAAUAAUAAGUGUUUUCUAUAUAUUUUUAGUUAUGAAUUGAUAAAAAAAAGAGCGGGUAAAGAGAAAAUAAUACAUAAAGUAGAAGAUUUUAAUUAAAACAUAAAGAGAACAAUACUUUUAUGUGUGUAUAUGAGUGUAUAGCCAAUGAUAUACAUUUUAGGGACAGUAAAGUACGUUGGCUAAAACCAAGUUUCGAUAAUAAUUGAAGGCUUGCUAGUGGAAGUUUAUUCUACUUUCGAAAAUUUAUGAGAUAAAGCUAUUUUUUCCAUAAAAAUUUCUGCAUAUGCAAGAGGAUUUCUUUACACGGUGAAAGUAUACAAAAAUUUAAUAAAAUUUCAACUGCCCACAUGUUAGUACAUGAUAUUAAGAAUUUGUGUUUAUACGCUUGAAAAAAAUAAUUUGCGUUGAAAUAAAAACUAAAAGUAAAAAAAAAACAUAAAAGAAAAAAUCCCGCUCUCAAAGUCUCUUGUGCAUUAUAAUACUGUAAUAAUGUGAAAACAAAAACAAUUUUACAUGAAUUUAUAAUUUUGUAAAGCUUAAUGUAAUUAAUUUAAAAUUAUUAUUUUAUUAAACGCUAAUUAGCAGUGUUGCUUUUUGUGUAAGUUGAGAAUGCAUUAAUAUAGCUGUAAAUUUAAAUAUAAUUAUAAAGAAGCAUAAUUUUAAAGUAAAACAUGGCUAUAUAAGCCUAAAACAUACAUAUGUACAUAUGUAAGUGCAUUAUGAGUAUUCAGUGAAAGAAUUGCAAUGAGCGAAAAAGGAAAACAGUGUUUUCCCUAAAUGGAUGGCUUUUAAUAAAAAGUAAAUUAAUUUGUAUUAUAUACUGCCUUUCUGUAAAUGGAAAACAUAAAAUCAUAUAUUUUUCUAUUGAUUUGAAGAACUAAACAGCUUUGGUGGCAAGCACAUGCAUUUCCAUUUCAUUUGUGUUGAAACUUCGUUUAAUACGAAACUUUUUUCAGUUUUAAUGCUUUCAAGAAAAGGUAAAACUUUAUUUUUAUUUCAUUUUAUUGUUGAUAUUUAAUGUUUUUCAAAGCUCUCGUAAAAAUGUUUAAUUUUUAAUAUCAUGCACAUCAAGAAUAUAAGCGUAAAGUAUAUAAAAAUAGUUUUAAAUUCUUUUGCAGUGGCCAUAUUUUUGCUUACGACUUUAAAAAAUAUCCUCAUUUGUGUAUUUUAAGAUAUAAAUAUUUGUUGUUUAUAUAAAAGGCAAAUAAUAUAUGUUUUUACUUAUCUUACACAUAAAACACUAGUUUUUAAGUAAAAAUUAUUAAUUUUUGUAGUAUUGAAAACAACAUAUUUUUGUUUUCGUUUUCUAAGCCGAAAUAAUGUUGUUGAGUACAUAUAUUUCACCACACGUGUAAAUGCAUUGAAAUGUCUAACCCAAUUAACACUGGAAUGCUCUAUUCUCUUAGUUAAAACUACAAACUAAAGCAACAAAAAAAAAA